AAUAAUACACCCUCCACUCGCGCUCGCUCACAUUCUAGCUCUCGAGCGAUGGCUUCCAAACCAGCAAGAAUGGUAUUGAGGCGCAGGACUCUAGCUCCGAAGCCGCACCCAAACCAUCCUCUUGAAGACGAUGGCGUUUACUGCGAGGAAUGCGGGUCCGGCGAUUUCCCUGCCAAGCUUCUUCUCUGCGACAAGUGCGAUCAAGGGUACCAUCUGUUUUGCCUCAGGCCCAUUCUUGUUUCGGUGCCUAAGGGGUCGUGGUUUUGUCCCGCUUGCUCUAAGCACCAGAUAAAAUUGAACUCCUUUCCUCUAGUUCAAACCAAAAUUGUUGAUUUCUUUCGCAUUCAAAGAUCUUCAGACUCAACACAGAAACUAAGUCAAGAUUAUAGGAAGAAAAGGAAGCGGGCUGGUAGCUUAGUGAUAUCAAAAAAGAAAAGGAGGUUGUUACCAUUCAAUCCGAGCGAGGAUCCUGCAAGGAGAUUGGAGCAAAUGGCGUCACUUGCAACGGCAUUGACAGCCACUGGGACAGAAUUUAGUAAUGAGCUCACUUACAUGCCAGGCAUGGCACCGAGGUCAGCUAAUUGUGCAGCCCUUGAGCAGGGAGGAAUGCAGGUCUUGUCAAAGGAAGAUACUGAAGCCUUAAAGUUGUGCAAGAGCAUGAUGGAGAGAGGGGAAUGGCCACCUCUCAUGGUUGUUUUUGAUCCUCAUGAAGGGUUCACUGUUGAGGCAGACAGGUUUAUAAAGGAUUUAACUAUAAUUACUGAAUAUGUUGGAGACGUUGAUUACUUGAAGAAUCGCGAAAAUGAUGAUGGUGAUAGCAUGAUGACGUUGCUUUCUGCUGCCAAUCCUUCAAAAAGGCUUGUCAUUUGUCCUGACAAGCACAGUAACAUUGCUCGUUUCAUUAAUGGCAUUAACAAUCAUACGCCGGAUGGGAAAAAGAAGCAGAACCUCAAAUGUGUGAGAUUUGAUGUCAAUGGUGAGUGUCGGGUUUUACUGAUUGCAAACAGAGAUAUACCAAAGGGAGAGAGAUUGUACUAUGAUUACAAUGGAUAUGAGCAUGAAUACCCAACUGAGCAUUUUGUCUGACAUUUUUUUGGUUCACAGUUCCCUCACAAGUUAAUGAAAGCAUUGGCCACUAACAGGCUUAUCUUCUCA